CCACCCCAUCCUCUGUGGGCGCGACCCGGAAGCAGGGGGGGUGGUGGGGGCGGGAGGGUGCAGGGUUCCCACCCACCUCCCCGCAGCCAGGAACUAAAACUGGGCCCCGGGGCUUCCUCAUGCCUCCCAGAAGAGAGCUAGAUCCAGGACAGCAGGGCCACCCUCGUGCAGAGAAGGAGCUGCAAGAUUGUCCUAUAAGGACUCAGCUCUGGUCGGAGUGUGAGCUGAAUCCUAAGCCCCCCCCCCCCCCAGCCCACCCAGAGCCCAGAAACAGGGUAGGAGCCCCUAAGACGUCUGUUCCCUCAUCUCCCAAACAAGCCUAGCCUUUGUGCCACGUCUCCCCCAUCCCCUAGUAAAAUCAGAGAGAGGUCACCUGCUGGCUGAUCACUUGACAGAACACACAAGCAGAACCAGGCAGGCUUGCACCCACCUCCUUCCCAUACUCCUGCUUCCAGCACCAGGCUGCCUAUGGAUUGAGAAAGAUAGCCUAGAGUCUAGAUGAUUCUCUGACAGAGAGGGAGGUUGGAACCUGGUUCGAAAGCUACUGAAGGGGCCCAUUGUUUUGCACUUGGUUGGGCGCACUUGCUACAAUGCGCAGGGAUCCAGGUUCAGCCCCACCCCCUACCACUCUCACCACCCAACCAUCUGCAAGGGGAGAAGUUUGACGAGUGGUGUAGCAGUAUGCAGGUCUCUCUUUCCCCCCUUCUCUAGAUCCCCUUCCUUCUCAAUUUUCUGCCUCUAUCUAAUAACUAAAUAAAAGAGUAAUAAAGCUGCCCAAAAAGUUAGACAGAAACUUGACAGACAGUCCCCAGGGAUUUGCAUACUCCCCAAGUCUCUUUCGCACAGGACUCUGGAAGGAUGAGGUCCUCCCUGACGCCUUUGGGGCCCCCUGUGAGCCGGGACCGCAUCAUCACCUGCUUCCCUAAGUGGUACACCCCCGAGGCCUGCCUGCAGCUCAAAGAGCAUUUCCAUGGGCAAGUCAGCGUGGCCUGUCAGCGCAGGAAUACGGGUACUGUUGGGCUCAGACUCUCCAAGGUGGUUGUCCUGGGUGAUCUCUACGUGGGCAAGACCAGCCUGAUUCACAGGUUUUGCAAGAAUGCCUUUGACCGAGACUACAAGGCAACUAUUGGGGUGGAUUUUGAAAUUGAGCGCUUCGAGAUUGCGGGGAUCCCCUAUAGCCUUCAGAUCUGGGACACUGCAGGGCAGGAGAAGUUCAAGUGCAUUGCAUCCGCCUAUUACCGGGGUGCCCAAGUGAUCAUCACGGCCUUUGACCUCUCUGACAUGCAGACUCUGGAGCACACCAGGCAAUGGCUGGAAGAUGCGCUGAGGGAGAAUGAACCAGGCUCCUGCUUUGUGUUCCUCGUGGGGACCAAGAAGGACCUUCUGUCAGGGGCAGCGUGCGAGCAGGUGGAAGCAGAGGCUGUACGCCUGGCCAAGGAGAUGCAGGCUGAGUAUUGGUCAGUGUCAGCCAAGACAGGGGAGAACGUGAAGGCGUUCUUCAGCCGAGUAGCUUCCCUGGCCUUUGAGCAGUCGGUGCUGCAGGACCUGGAGCGGAGGAGCAGUGCGCGGCUCCAGGUUGGCGACGGAGACCUCAUCAGUGCGUACAGGUGGAAUGGAGGGAAGUCCAACAGAGACCCAGGAGAGCAAGAAGGCCUCCAUCCUGGGCUGCUGUUAGCAGGCACCUGCCACAGCAGCCUUCACUUCCCAUGACGGUGGAGAGGUGACAUGGAGCCCAGCUCUGCAGAGUGUGUGCCCAGCCCAGGGAGACACUGUGGUAAUAAUCAUUGUGAUGACCAUUUGUACAUCCAGAGUCAUCUGACAGUUUCCCAUGGUCUUGAGAGGCCUCAGGGCUAUUGAAACAUGGGAUUCCUAUGUCCCCACAGUGCACAUCUUUUGUCCUAGACACCUGCCCCCUCUUCUAGCUUCUCAGGUUAGCAUCAAAAGUUUCUCAUCUCAUGAUCCAGGCAAGCAGGACUUGUCAGCGUUGGUACCUGGACACCUGGGAGGUGACACAAGGAUAAGACAUUGGACUUUCACAUGUGAGGUUUCAAGUUCAUAUGCCUGAGUGAUGCUCGUGUUCUUUCUCUCCUCAACUCUCUCAUUGACUUGGUGCACGAAGGAAAAUCUACCUGUCUUCCCUGCUCAGGACUUUUCUGUUAACAACAGGAGCCCUGGGCUUCUCUGUUGCUCUGCCAUAGAGCCCUGCCCACUCUGGGGAAGGACUUAUCUUUGGGUCCUCUGUGAUCCCUAGAGUCCUGUUCUCCUGGUCAGCAGGUGAAGAAGAUGAGCACAGGCCCACGUGGACAGUAAAUCUCCCCGUUGACACUGUGGCAGUAGGCUGCCUAGCAACCUCUGGGGUAAUAACCAACUGUAUCCCUUUAGCAUGGCACUGCCACCCAGGCUUUGCUGGCUUCUUGCUGAUGGUGAGCAUUCUGUGGGUAAGUUAUGCUGGUCAGUGCCCUGAACAGCACCUGGCAUGGUGAAGUUGCCCAGUAACUGUCCAUCAACUUGGAGCAGUUGCCAAAUAGUGGUUGGGGAAGAACAGUGGUAUCCUUUUUUGUUCAUACGCACCCCCCCCCCAAUCACAGCUUUAGUUCUUCUUUUACAGCUAUAAAUGCAUUUUUAAAUCAAUCACCCUCAAAGAAAUUAUGUGCUUCUUGUGAAACAAAAUAGAGCAAGACAGUCGAAGGUGAAGCAGAUUGGAGUGGCUGUGAUGAGUCUCAGAAAUAAAUGUUUUAUUAACAGCU